GAGAACUUGGCAGGCUCUCUCCAUGGCCGUCUUACUCCUCCUCCUUCUGUUUCUACGUGGACCCCACCAGGCUGCUGCAGACAACAUCCAGACCAUCUAUGUAGCCUUGGGGGAGGCGGUGGAGCUGCCGUGCCCCUCACCACCCGCCCUGAGUGGAGACGAGCUCCUGUCCUGGUUCCGCAGCCCUGCAGCAGGCUCCUCCACUGCCCUGGUGGCCCAAGUGCAAGUAGCCAGGCCAGCCCCAGGCCCCGGGAGGCCCACAAGGGUAUCCAGGCUGAAACUGCUGGGGAACUACUCGUUGUGGCUGGAAGGGUCCAAGGAGGGAGACGCCGGUCGAUACUGGUGUGCCGUGCUGGGUCCGGAACACCAGUACCAGAACUGGAGGGUAUAUGAUGUCUCCGUGCUCCGAGGAUCCCAGCUAUCCGCGAGGGCUGCAGAUGGACCCCCCUGCUCUGUCCUCUUAUGCUCUGUGGCCCCUGCCAGACGUCUAGACUCUGUGACCUGGCUAGAGGGAAAGGGUCCUGUGAGGGGUCAUGUACAGUCAUUUUGGGGCAAUGGGGCUGCCCUGCUCUUGGUGUGUCCUGGGGAGGGGCUCUCUGAGUCCGGGGAACAUAGACCAAGAAUCAUCCGCUGCCUCAUGCCUCACAACAAAGGGGUCAGCUUUAGCCUGGCAGCCUCCAUGGAUGUCUCCCCUGCCCUCUGUGCCCCUUCCACGGGCUGGGAUGUGUCCUGGAUCCUGAUGCUGUUGCUCACAGUGGGUCAGGGGUUCACCAUCCUGGCCCUCAGCAUCAUGCUCUGCAGACAGAGGGUCCAGGGGGCUCAGGGGGAAGGGAUGAGAGUGCUACUUUACAAUGCUGGAGGAGGCCCCAGCAGCUCCUGCAAAGAAACGGUGGCCACCUGCGGGGAGGGGGAGUGCUGCGGCUUCUUGGAGCUCAAACCCCAGCCGGGCCGAGGGCAGAACAAGCUGUGUGGAAACCCCUCAGUGACCUUGAUUCAUCACUAUCCAGCCUGCGUGGCGGCCCAUCAUUGCAAUCAAGUGGAAACAGAGUUGGUGGGAGAUGUGACUUACACAACCCACAGGGACUGCUGCGUCGGAGACCUGUGUAACAGCGCUGUGGCAAGCACCGUGGCCCCGCCAUGCAUCUUGGCUGCAGCAGCCACCACCCUGGCCUGGCUCUUGCCAGCACUGUGGAGAGGCUAG